UAUAUAUAUAUAUUUCUCAUUACAAAAAAAAAAAAAAAGAAGUUGCUUCCUUCCUUUUUAUAAUAUUCAACCUAUAAAGGGAAACAGCCAUCACUUGACAUUCCUUAUUACAUGAAUCAUUCUAAUCCACCUGCUCUGACUGCGCCCAAUAGAACACUGUUAACAAGUGAUAAGCAUUCUUUUCGACGACCGUCUCUUUAUCAAAAUAACAGUAGUUCACCUGUCUCACCUUCAUCACCUUCUUAUUUGCAACGUUCUCCAUCAACCGAGCUCACCGAGUCAUUUACUGCUCUUAGUUCUUCUCUUUCUUCAUCAACUUUAUCUUCUAACAAACCACUACCUGUAUUACCACCAGCUGCAACUACUACUACAACCACAACUACAAGUACUACAACAACAGCAACAACAGCAGCAGCAACUUCAUCAACAACAGUACCCAUUUCUUCUCCACCAUUAAGAAAUCCUACUCAUCAUUAUCUGAACACUACACAAACAGCCUCUUUGAAGUCGUUAUGUUCACCAAAUUCUAUUGAUAUCAUGGAUAUGGAAUAUUGGACGUCAUUGUUAGAAAGUAAUAAGUUUCCUGCCACUCAUACACCACAAGAUACGUUUGAUUUGGAAAUGGAUACCGUGGGCUUAUCAAUCGAUUUGGCUGCUCAUAAUAUAACCACAAAGAACUUCAACAAACUUAUUUUACUUUUAAUCAAUCAACUAGUACUUUUACAGAAUGAUCAAACUAUACCUAUAUCUACUUAUAAUGCUUUGUUUCUGGUUCGUGUCUUCUCCAAACAUUUCAUUGGGAAUCUAUCCAACGAUGAAAUUAUUCGACAAUUUGAAGGCAAUUGUCUUUUCGUAAAUGAUCAAACUAUCUAUCUUAAUUCUGAAAAAUCACCUAUUCUUCCUCAAGUUAUCAAUGACAAGCGAUCCAAGGCUGAACAACUUUUAGAUUCCAUUAUAACAUUGAUUAUCAAUUUGGAUGCAAAUGUGAACUACUCAAUAUAUGAGUUUUAUGUAGAACUCCUUAAUACUUUACUUGUCUUACUGUCAACACAAUUACAUCGUACCAAAUUAGAGGAAAGCAACUACUUUUUGGAUCUGUUGAUGACUCAAUUUAGGAAAUAUACUCAUCCUUUAUUAGCAAAACUCUUGGACAAUACCAUCGAACAACAAUCUCCGCCAGCACAAUCAACAAAUGUCGUCUACAAUGCAUACAAUUAUUUUUUUACUGGCCGAUCCUCCAGUGCUGAUGUCGAUCCUUUACCUGUGGCUGAUCGUAGUCUAUUAUUGAUCUUGUUACUUUCUACACAAUCUCAACACUGUAGGAAUGCCAUUGCUGAGUGGAGGGAUAUUCAUAUGUUAUCAUCUGAUAUAGAUAGUCAUAAAGGCAAAACACAUUUGAUAUCAUUCAAGGAUCUCUUUGAUAUAUUUUGUCGAUCAUUACAUAUUGAAGAACGGAUGUUGUUGUUUUACUUGAUUUUGGUAGAAAAUGAAUCUUUUCGUGUCUAUGUUUUAUCAAGAACUGAUCCCGAAACUCUUUAUAUUCCAAUCCUCAAGAUGAUCUAUGAAUCCAUUGAAAAUCGAACCAACUUUUCUCAAGUUUAUAUGUUGUUGAUCAUUCUACUUAUAUUUAGUCAAGAUGAUGUUAAUAAUGAAACAAUACAAAAAGUAAUGGUGCACAAUUUGACAUGGUUUACAGAACGGCCUUUAUUGAAAUCAGUUUCUUUGGGUAGCCUUACUAUGUUGGUAUUAAUUCGUACUUUACAAUUUAAUUUAUCCCAUCAAAAGGAUAUCUAUUUCCAUACGAAUUGUCUCGCCAUCUUGGCCAAUAUGUCAGCUUCCAUCCUUGAUAUGCAUGCAUAUGUAGCGCAGCGUCUUACAGGGGUAUUUGAAUUGAUUGCACGACGAUAUCAAAAAUGGACUGCCAAAAUUCUUGAAACAGGACAAGUACCUCAAACAACAGUAGAUAUUGGUGUAUAUGAGGAUUUAUUGAUGUUAAUGCUGGAAAUCAUCAAUUCUGCUUUAACACAUCGUCUGAAACACAACUCACAACUAGUCUAUGCACUUAUCCUGAAACGCGAUCUGUUUAUCCAAUUUCGACUACAACCUCGAUUUUCUCAAGUGACAACCAAUAUAGAGAAUGUGAUCAAUUAUUUUCAUUCGCGUGUAGCAGAAGCCAACUUGAAAUCACCCUCUACUUCUGAUGUAUUAGAUCUUAUUGAACAAGCUGCUAGGACUUGGCCUUCCAAUCGAUUACAACCCAUGGCAGAUCUCAAGUUUCAAUAUGAAGAAGAAAAAGACUCGAAUGAAUUUUUUGUACCUUAUGUUUGGGCUCUUAUCCAUCGACGAUCAUUUAUCUAUUGGAGCGAAGAAAAAGCUCAUAUUUUGGAAUUGUAUCGAUCGAUGAAUGCUCAAGAUAUUAUCCCUGAUGAACAUCAGUUUGUUCCAACAACAAUGGUUUCUGCUUCAACUUCAUCAACAUUAUCAUCAUCACCACCACCACCACCACCACCACAGCCAUCAUCAUCAUCAUCUUCUUCAUUAUUCACUUGAAUACUCAUCCUUUUCCCUUUAGAUCUUAG